GAGGCGCGGCCCCGGGCGCCGCGCUCCGCCGCCGGCAUUUAAACGGGAGACGGCGCGAUGCCCUGCACUCGGUGCGCCCUUCGCGGACCGGGCGACCCAGUGUGUGGAGAGAGUGGUACUCUCUGUCCCGCUGAACCCGCGCCGAGCCCAGGCGGCUCGGGCCGCGGCCGCGCACACCGCCACGCGUCGAGAGCGCAGGCCCCGAAGGCUCGCCGCACUGACAGGGUCCUGCGGAGAGAGCACAGCUGUUCUCCAAGAAGCUGAGUCUCUAUUGAGAUUCCUAAGCAUGAGCCGCACGGCCUACACUGUGGGAGCUCUGCUUCUCCUCUUGGGGACCCUGCUGCCAGCUGCUGAAGGGAAAAAGAAGGGGUCCCAAGGGGCCAUCCCCCCGCCAGACAAGGCCCAGCACAACGACUCUGAGCAGACUCAAUCUCCCCAGCAGCCCGGCUCCAGGAACCGGGGGCGGGGCCAGGGGCGGGGCACCGCCAUGCCCGGGGAGGAGGUCCUGGAGUCCAGCCAGGAGGCCCUGCACGUGACGGAGCGCAAAUACCUGAAGCGAGACUGGUGCAAAACCCAGCCGCUGAAGCAGACGAUCCACGAGGAGGGCUGCAACAGUCGCACCAUCAUCAACCGCUUCUGCUACGGCCAGUGCAACUCAUUCUACAUCCCCAGGCACAUCCGGAAGGAGGAAGGCUCUUUUCAGUCCUGCUCCUUCUGCAAGCCCAAGAAAUUCACCACCAUGAUGGUCACGCUCAACUGCCCCGAACUCCAGCCACCCACCAAGAAGAAGAGAGUCACGCGCGUCAAGCAGUGUCGUUGCAUAUCCAUCGAUUUGGAUUAAGCCCAACACACUCAGCCUGUACUCGGGACGCAGCCCCGGGCGGGCAGAGCCAUACCUAAAGCAACCCAAUUCUUACUUGGCUUAAACCCAGAGGCGAGAAGAACCACCAGCUGCCUCUUGCCGGGAGCCUGCUAGUGCGUAGUUUGUGUGCGUGAGUGUGUGUGGGUGCCUGUGGGUGCUUGCAGACACCAGAGGAAACACAGUCUCUGCUAGAGGCCACUUCCUAGUAUGUAAACGUAUCUGCUUCCAUGCAGGGUGGCACAGAAAGGCACAUUCGGGGGGGCAGGUCUGUGGUCUGGUUCUGCCUUGGUCUCCUCCCCUCCUGGGGGCCAGAACCCCCAAACGUGGCCAACCCCAAACGUGGUGGGACCCAUGCUUUAGCAGAUCUUUUCCUGGUAUUUAAAAAACCCAAGGGAACAGAGGAGAAAUGAAAUUGCCGCCCCGCCCCAGGCGCCCACCAAAUCACUAACUUUGGCAGUCACUGUGACUGUUGAAAUUAGCUGUAACCCAUUAGCAAAAUUAAAACAAGCAUUGACCCCCUCCUAUUUUCAGAACCAAGUAAGUGAAGGAAAGCAAAACAACCCCUCCUGCUUUGUCCCUUAGGUGGACAGAAGAUGUAGUUCAGAAACACCACCACAGCAAUAGGAAAAAGAUAAAACCCUCAUAAGCAUAAGGUCCUAUUAUCUCUCCUUUUGCCUUGGUUAUAAAACCUUUUUCCUGGUUCAUUAUUUCUGUGUAAUGCUUCUUGAGAGCCACAACCCUGUAUUAUAUUCUGCCUCUGCUGAAUGCACCUGCCAGUGAAGGACCAGGCUACAAUAAGAGAGUUUAGGGCAAACUUCUGUUUAGCUUGAAGUAACACUGGGGUCUUUUUGUUUUAGCCUUUGAUAGCUGGAGAGCCAAGGGGUGGAGGAAAGGAGAGGAGGGAGAUUGUCUCUGGCUAAGGGGUGGUUAAAAGGCAAGGAGGAAAUGCAAGGGUAUGACCUGCCCUUCUUCCUUUGCCUUCUGAGGGUCUAAUGGGAAGCCCUUAGUUAAGAAAUCAGAGCCUUAGCUGUCCUUCUGCUGGUAGGAUUUAUGUAACAUUGUAGCCAUUUAGAACCUAUUGGCUGAGGUUGUUCUCUGAUUAAACUUGGGCUGCUCUCACUGCCUAUUUAGGAUUUAUCUACUGGCCAGAGCUCAGGAUUGGGUGGACCUUCCUGCCAUUUUGGAUUUGGCUAGCCUGCUCUUUUCAAGCCUGAAGUUUCAUAAGUAAACCCCAACCCCCACCCCGAUGCUCUUUUUGCCUUUGCAUCUUCUCAGCCUCACCAGCCAAAUCAUGUGUAACAUGGGAAACAAACUCUGUAGGCUUGCAUUUCAGUUGCCCAUCAAGGCUCCAGCAUUCAAAGAACUAUUGCAACUAAAGAGGCUGCUUUUAUUUUAUUUUUGUUUUGGUCCAGUGCUCUCCCAACUAACAACUAAAUAGGAACCAUGCUUGGAGGCAGAAGUCAUCUUCAACACUCAAAAUAUUGGGUCUAAUUUUAAAACUUUUAAACUCACUACUGAUGAUUCUAUACCAGGCGAAUUUGUGCAAACACAAGAGUCUGUGCUUUUCAUAUACACUGUACCCCCUUGCCCUAAAUCCUUCGAUCAUCUGCAUCCUCCAACAAUAAAGCACAGAAUGGAUUUAAUUAAGCAUGCAAAUCCUACGCCAGAAUUUUGAGGGUGGGGGAGAGGAAAAGAAAGGGGAAGGAGCUGAAAAUAUAAAACCACACUAGAGAGGAAAAAUGACAUUCAGAAACCAACAGACAGUAAAUCUCUGUUGUUGUUCUAACUCUGCCACAAGCAUGCAGUUUUGUUAAAAAGAGAUGACUUAAGUUGGCAACAGGAAUCUUCUUUUAGUAGCUUGUACCACAGUCUUGCAUGUAAGUCAGAUUUGGCUUAAGUAAAGAGACUUUCCUCAAAAUGAACUUCACUGGGAUAAUCAGCAGCAUAACUGCCCUAAAAGCACAGCACUAGCCAAAGAAGGAAAUGUCUGCUUUUCUUAUUGUGCCUAUAUUAAGACCAGCACAAGUACCGUGUGUUUUCCAACAUUUAUUGAACAUGCCAUAUCUGUUACAUAUUGUAUUGGAGUCACCGAUGAUGUAAUGAUAUGUUUUUCUCAUUACUAUAGUAGAAAUCUUUUAAUGGCAAGAUAUUUGUGAUCUAGAUCUUUCCUAUUAAAAUAAUGCCAAACACCAAAUAUGAAUUUUAUCAUGUACACUUUGUGCUUGGCAUUAAAAGAGAAAAACACACAUCCUGAAAGUCUUUUAAGUUUUUUUUUGUUGUUGUUGUUGUAAUUGUAGUUCUUCAAAGUUAAAGAUAUAAGCAAAAAAGUCUGGAGGAAAGGAUAAUUUCCACUGUGUGGAAUGUGAAUAGUUAAACAAAAAGUUAUGGUUAUUUAAUGUAAUUAUUAACUCAGAUCCUUUGGUCACUGUGAUUUUAAGCAUUUUUUUUUUCUCCUUUAUAUGACUUCCUCUGAGUUGAGCAAAGAAGAGGCUGGCAUAUUGUAUGUUGUUGGAGGCUUUUAUCAGGUCAGAGGGAAACAAUAAAAUCUUGAUACAUCUGAAUAGAGUCAAGAUCUGAGCUUUAAUUUUUUUAAUUGAAUGUUCCUUAAAGAUUAACAUUUCUGAGGCAAUUUAACGAAGAUUUUAAGUGUUAUUUUGGAAGAAUUAAGAUGUGUGUGUACAAACAAAUAGCAGAUAAUAAUGAGUAGUUCACCAGUCCUUUUAAGGAGAAAAUCUAAAAUAAAAAUUGUUAUGUACAGAACAUUUAUAAAUGACCAGCUAAUACUUAAGAGUGAAAGUAGUUCUACUGAUUUGUCAUUCUCAAAAUAUUUAAUAUCGAUUGCAUUAUGUAUUAUGUUUACUUUAAUCAUGUAAGGACAACAGAGAAUUCUAAAGACUAUGAUUGGGGUCCUUUGCUGUGUGAGAGAAUGAGAGGGGAUUUGGUAGUCUUAUAAAAGCUAAUUUGGUUUAAGCAAAGUUUUAUAAAUCUGUAACUAGAAUUUAAUUUCACCCCAAUAGUGUUCUAUAUAACCUUUCCCAAAGAGCAAUCAAUAAAUUGAACCUCUUUUCUCUGUG